AGCAUAGAAACCAAAAGCUCAAAAGACAACACCAAAAUACCCUGCAACAUCCCUAUAUUUAGUAAUUCCAAACCCGCAAAAAGAAAAAAAAGAACAAGGGAGUCCUCCCUUCAUCUACACUCUUCUUCGUCAACAAAAACCAAAACCCUAACUUCUCGUUCGAGAAUCAUGCAGCCUUGUAGUGGUGAUAUGCAAGCAAUGAACUCUCUCUUAAACCCUUCUCAACAAAUCCCUCUCCAAGACCUAAAAAUCAACGGUCAUCAUCCGCAGUUCGAUGAUCCCGCAUCGUCCCACGAUGACUUCUUAGAACAGAUGCUCUCAAUGACGUCGUUCCCUGUUCCUUCCUCCUCAUGGUCCGACCUCAAGUCACCUUGGGAUCCAUCCAAACCCGAAGAAUCGGAUCCUUGUAACCUCGAAAACAAUGCCGCCGCCGGGUUCCACCACGACGAGAUUCUAGCUUCAAAACUAAGACAACAAGAACAUCAAAUCAACGGCGGAGAUGGUAUUAACUCUUUCCAAGCUAUGAAGAUGAUGAUGAUGAUGCAACAACAGAUGACGGUAGCUGGAAGAUCCACGGUUGCCGCCUCCGCCGGCGGCGUAGGAAUUCAUCACGGUGGUGGAGAAGCUGGUUCCAUGCAAGCUUUGUUUAAUGGCUUCGGCAAUGGAUCUUUUAAUCAUCCACAAGCAAGCUUUGGGGCUAAUUCAACAACGGAGAUAAACCAAAGUCAGGGUCCAACAGCCGUCGCACAGCCGCCGGAAAAGUCUAAACAAAAAGUUAGGGCAAGGAGGGGUCAAGCUACUGACCCGCAUAGUAUUGCUGAAAGACUACGGAGAGUUAGAAUUGCAGAGCGAAUGAAAGCUCUUCAAGAACUGGUUCCCAAUGCCAACAAGACAGAUAAAGCUUCAAUGCUUGAUGAGAUCAUCGACUAUGUCAAAUUCCUCCAGCUCCAAGUCAAGGUUCUGAGUAUGAGCAGAUUGGGCGGUGCUGCUGCUGCUGCUGCUGUUGCUCCCCUUGUUACUGAUAUGCCCUCUGAGGGAGGUGGUGAUUGCAUUCAAACGAGUGCUAAUGGUGGGUCCCUUCCACGAAGUUCCAACGGCAACCAAACGCCGCCUGCUAACGACAACCUGACGGUGACGGAGCACCAAGUGGCCAAGCUUAUGGAAGAGGACAUGGGGACCGCCAUGCAGUAUCUUCAGGUCAAGGGUCUUUGUCUGAUGCCGAUAUCGCUCGCCUCCGCCAUCUCAACCGCCACUUCUCAUUCGAGGAACCCAAUGAUCAGCAAUGUGAACCCAAAUACCGGCAUUAACGGGAACGGUAGCCACCUUUUGCUACAAUCGAGCGGUGGUGAUGGGCCUUCCUCGCCUAGCAUGUCGGUGUUGACCGUCCAGUCAGCUACCACGGGUAAUUGCGGAAUCGACGGAGCGGCCUCCGUUUCUAAGCCGUGACGGCGGCGUUUGUGGCUGACCAUUAUUAGCUCCUGUCAAUUGAAGGGCAGCUUUGAGUCUACGAAAAUAAGGUGGUCUUAGUUCAUUCGUGUUUUUUAAUAUCAAACGACACCGUAUUUACAUA